AUGUCUGCAUCUCAUGCAUCCACUUCUGGCACUCUGAAUCCCGGAAGCCAUUACCGACCUCUGAAGCUGAGCCUUGCAACUAUUUCCUGCACAUUGGCAAUGGCUGGAUCGCGUGUCCGUGCAAUCAUCUCUCAAUAUCGGACGGAAGCUGCCAACAAUGGUCUAUCUGCUGACUGGAUCAAGUAUUUUAAAGCCGGGCUGCAAUGGGAGAUGAAUACAUUUGUCACACCACUCCUGCAGUACUCCGCUUCACAGAAUAUUGUGUCGGUUCUUCCUGUCCCUGUCGCUUAUAUCCUUAAGUUGUAUCCCAUGCUGACCUGGAACACUGUUCCGGACGACGUCUUUUCAUUCCACCUCCUUUCAUUUCAUGAUGAGCCAAUUGCAGGACAUCCGUCCCGGAUUGUGUUUGCAUAUACAUGUCCAUGGUGGAUGGGAAACACCACAAUCCCUGAUCAACCAUGGCAGUGGGAUGAAAUAAUGGCUUCCUGCGCAGACCAUUGGAGAUAG